AUGACUAAUUGGCCUAAUUCUUUGCCACCAUUGUUGCCUCCGAAAACUGUCAUUUUGGCAUGGAAUGCGCAACAUUUUUAUGUGUCCAUGUGGGCGAGCGGAGGCGGUGGUCAAAAGAAUUUGAAUAUGGUUGACGUGGAAGAAGUUGAAAAGUAUAAGGAGCACAGAAAGAAUAAUGUAGAAGGAUUAGGAAGGAAGAUUUUGUGGAAAAGUGAUGAUAAUGAUUCUAGAUUUCGUCUAACCCUCUCCCUUAUUUCUCGAAAAAUUCUGCCGAAUUCAUUGGAAAAGUUUUACGUAGUCGGUGCACAGUCCACAGUUCGUCAUCAUAAAAUCAUCGCGUCAUCGUCACCGUCACCAACCAACAACAUUGAUGGACCAUCGGGUCGGGGGUCGAUGUCCUCGCCGAUCAGGAAGAUAGAGAAGAGGAAGGGGACAAUCGCCAGCAGUAUCAGCCGCCUUCGUACCAGUCAAAUACACAAUAAUAAUGUAUCUGGCGGACAUAUAACAAUACCGCUACCAUUACCACGGGUUUUAAUACUACUCGGGAAAGUCCGCCGUCGCCAUCAUCAUCGUUAUCGCCAAAUUUGGAUAGGGCAUCUCCCGACCCGACCUCCUCCUCCAUCGUCGACCACUAUCUGUCCAUCUACUACUACAACUAAUAAUAAUAAUACUAUUACUACUACUACUACUACUACUACUACUACUGCUACUAUUACUACUACUACUACUACUACUGCUACUACUGCUACAUUUACAAUUGAUAUUACAAUUGUCACUUCCACAACUGGGCUGUGCAGUUAA